AUGCCAGCCCACCCCUCCAACACCCCGCAUCCCCCUCGCCUCCUGCUCCCGGCCGCUCCCCCGAGCCGGGGCGUUGUCAGAGGGACGGGAGGGAGGGGGGGUCUCCAAGCUGGUGACGAUAAGGGGACAGCGGGUGUCCUGAAGGGGUCGAGAGGGUCUCCAAGCUGUUCAAGGGGGGUGUCCAGCCUGGUCAGGCCGCCCAUCCAGGUGUACGGGCUGGAAGGUCGCUAUGCCACCGCCCUCUACUCGGCAGCCACCAAGCAGAAUAAGCUGGAGCAGGUGGAGAAGGAGCUGACCCGAGUACGGAGCCUCCUGAAGGACCCCAAGCUGUCCAGUGUGGUGAUGAACCCUCACACCAAGAGCUCAGUGAAACAAAAAGCCGUGAACGACGCCCUGGCAAGAGAAAAGAUGUCCCCAAUCACUGUCAACCUGAUGAAUCUGCUGGCUGAGAACGGCCGCCUGCGUUACACCCCGGGCAUCGUCUCUGCCUUCGGGAAGAUCAUGAGCGCCUUCCGAGGGGAGGUGGUGUGCACUGUCACCACGGCUCAGCCAUUGGAUGAUGCCAGCCUCAGUGAACUGAAAAGUGUUCUGAAUGGGUUCUUGGCUAAAGGAGAGGUGUUGAAGCUGGAGACUAAGGUCUGUAUUCUUGACUUACAAAUAAACGUCACUAUGUGCAUGUUAAGGGUUUCUGUGUGUCUGAUUUUUACAAAAACAAAAUAUUUUGUUGAAUCCAUGCCGCUGGCUCCCCUGGGAGCAGUGGCCGCUCAGCCCCAGCGGCAGCGGGAGAGUUCCCGGCGGGGCCGGCAGGGCAGGGCUGUCGCUGCUCUCUGCAGCAAACGAAAGGCGCCCGCUGAGCCCGGCUGA